AGCGUUGUCCAGCACAUUCCUACCCACUUCCAGUCUAUAGGUCCUUGGCCCCAUCCCUUAAGAUUGUCUAAUGCUUGAUUGUGUUGUUUUGGCUCCUAUUUUUGGUUCUGUACUUUGUCUGUGCCAGUGUAAAUGGCUAAGUAGUUUCUAACUCUUGAUGCAGGUUCAGUGAAGUGGGGCCCUAUCUCCAAGGAGCAAGAAGACGAGGUUGAGUGGGUGAGGGCGCAGCUAUCAGAGACUGAGCGUGAGUGCGGGAACUUAGUCACGCAGAAGAAUUUGUUUGAGUCCGGACUGCUGCAAGGAAUGGCUGGCAUCAUAAGGGGGAGCACGAAAGUGGCCGUAGAUAUUGAUGAGGCCGAGAUGCAGAAGCGGCUGAGGGAGUCUCGGGCCAAGAAAGCUGAGAAGAGUGCUGGAAAACGACCCAGAGAUGAUGAUGAGGGUCGGGUUGCGGACGUGCUGGGCAAGAGGAAAGCCUUAGAGGAGGCGCAUCAGCAUGUGAUGGGGUCGGGGCCGAGACUUCCGCCCUUUGAUCUGCAGGCACCGCCGAAGCUACCCUUCGGCAUGGAGGAUGUGUUUGCUGAAGGGGUAGAGAAGGUAGACUUCGGCAGGCUACGCCAGCAGAAGAAGGAAGUCAACCUGGCUAUGCACCGGCAGGAGGUGCCUUUGGUGAACGUCUUCCUGGAAGGCGUGAAGAGCGACCCUGAGGCUCUGGCGAGGACUCCAGCCUCUUCCUUCAUAGACCGGGCCCAAAAGACGAUCCUCACCUCUGCCUAUGCCUUUGGCGAGAUGUACGUCAGCAUGGCCAAGGCUGACAAGGAGAUCCAGAGGCUGAAGAGGCGGGAUGAGCUGGCCAAGAGCAAAAUGGCGGAGGCGCAGGAGGCCAUCCGAGAGAAGAACGCCUUGCUGGUGCAAAAGGCGGCCCUGGCCAAGGAGGUGGAGGAGCUGAAGAGAUCGAAGGCCGAGGAGGUGGCUGCUGCCCGAGUCGAGGCGAUCGAGUCCUUCCGAUCCUCAGAGGAGCUGAAGAGCUAUAUCAUGGACCGACUGGUUGAUGAGCAGCUUCGCUGGGAAGAUAGGUUGGUUAGGUUCAACCCCUCGGUGGAGAUUAACUUUGACACCAGUGGCGAGCCUCCUGCACAGACCCCUCCUGCUGAUGCUAGCGCCCCAACACCUGAGGCAGAGCCGGCUACUGAGGAUGCCCCUUCGACCGAGUCUUGAAGGCGUUGCCUUCG